AUGUCUUCGACACCAGACCAGACCAUCAUCCAAGAGCAAGGCCCUGAGAAUCUUGCAUUAUUCACUUUCUAUGCUGAGUUGCAAGCCUGCAACUCGAUCCGCUCCAGCGCCGCAGAUCUCUCCACAUCUUCCACAUCUCCGAUAACUGUCAAAAGGUUAAACCACCCUAACUCCGAAGAGGAACGGCAUUAUUACCACGGGCAGCGCCUGCUCCGUCUCCUUCCAGGAGACGACGGUUAUGUCGCAUGGGUUGCUGCCCAGCAUGCAUUUGUCGAGGGAAUCCGUACUACAUCUAUCUCCUGUUACGGAGACGAAUCGACUGCAGAUGGCGCAGCUCGCUUGCGCGAGCUUGAGAACACCUUUUCCCUAGACAAGCGUGAGGACGUUGGGCAGGAGAUUGACGGGCUUGGAGACCUUGCGGCUGACCACAAUGGACUAAACACAAAUGAUCGCUUCCUCACUCGAUUCAAGUGUUUACAGAAUCAGAGAGAACAGCUCCAGGCCAAUGACAACCCGGCGGUAGUACGGAGACAUUCAAGCAUCAUCACAGGCCUCCUGACACCCAUGAAGGUGGCUGGGGACAAGACGGCCGAGCUUACUCCUUCACCACGGAUUGGGAUUGAAGUCUCCCUAGAGGGUUGGCAGCGUCAUGUGCUCAAGUGGGAGCCUCCCAAGGGCCUCAAAUGGCUGGAGAAAGUCUUGAAGUGGCUCUGGGACGGGGCGCUGGCAAUCCUCAAAUGGCCGGGAUGCGCCUGCAGUAGGCCGAAGCCCCGAGGCCCAACGCCGAAGAUGUCGAAAAUUAAGCCGGACGUGGCGGUAACGGGGGCUGUGGCGAGCCUGCAGCUCCCGGCCAGACAACUUCGACCCCAGGAGGCCUGCAGACGAGCCAGCCUGACACUAGAGGGGGAGCUGGCGAGAUGA